AUGAAGACAAUCACUGCACUGUUGUUUACAGCCCUAGUCAGUCUGGGGGUGUGUGAGAGACUGAAAAUAUCUGGGGAUCACUUCACCUACAAGGGAGAGAAAGUGUUCCUGUCUGGCGGAAACCUACCCUGGAUCAGCUACGCCUAUGACUUCGGAAAUGGACAAUGGGCGGGAGUCAAAUCUCGAGCGGAGGAGCAGAUUAAACUGUUGUCUGAAGCUGGCGGCAACUCGUUGAGACUGUGGAUCCACAUCCAGGGAGAGACCAGCCCCAACUACGACAGCAACGGUAACGUCAUCGGCCUGGACGCCAAAGGGACCUUCCUCGACGACUUCAAGGACCUGCUCGAUCUGGCCAAAAAGUAUAACAUCUUCGCCUUCCCCACCUUGUGGAACGGUGCCGUUAACCAGGACGGACAGAACCACCUCAACGGGCUUGUCACCGACGCCAAGAAGCUGCAGACCUACUUAGACAAGGCCCUGACCCCUCUGGUGCAGGCGGUCAAAGGUCACCCAGCUCUGGGAGGAUGGGACAUCAUCAAUGAAAUAGAGGGAAUGGUUAUCCCUGGAAGAAAAACUGCGGACAAAUGCUACGACACGACAGCGUUAGCAAACAGCGGGGCAGGCUGGGCUGGCAACAAGUACAACUACGAGGACGUGCUCAGGUUCGUCAAUUGGCAGGCGGCGGCGAUCAAGUCUGCAGACCCCGAAUCGCUGGUCAGUGUCGGUGUGUGGAACCCCAGGUCCAACACUGAUCAGUUCGGACAGGUCAACCAUUACUCUGACGAGUGCUUAGUCAAAGCUGGCGGCAAGGCAAACGGAAAGCUGGACUUCUGGCAGUUCCACUCCUACGACUGGCAGGGGCAAUUUGAUGACGUAUCUCCCUUUAAGCAUUCAUACGCCGACUACAAGGUGGACAGACCCAUCUUGAUCGGGGAGUUCUGGGAGAAAGGAGGAGGUGGUUUGAAGAUCGCCGAACUCUUUGAGUACAUCUACAACCACGGCUACGCUGGCGCCUGGAGCUGGGAUCUGGUGAACGAGGGCGGUAACCAAAGACCCGGCAUCGCCCACAUCAAGAGUUACACCAAGAACGGAAAGAUCCCUGUCACCAUCUCUUAA